UCAACGGAGGGAAAUUUAAGCUGGAAAGUCGUGCGCACGUCUCCGUUUCUCCGCGCAAACAACGGACCGGCGCUUUACAGACGCGCUUAGACGCAGAAAGACACGGGAGCUCGGCUCAAGGCUCUCCGAAAUCCCGCUCAUGCGUUUAAUCUGCGCGGACUGGCUGCUAAAGCUAACAGAGCAAUCAGGUCAGCACGUAAUCCGGAGAUAGACACAGAUAAUGCCCCCGAAACGGAGCCGCUCGGACCCUCAGGCCUCUCACCUGUACAGAGCGGUGAACGACGCGGACGCCAGGACUGUGGAGUCUCUGCUGCAGCAGGGCGCGGACCCUAACCUGGUUCUGCCAGAAGGUAUGGCUGCUGUGCAUCUGGCUGCAGGUAAAGAGUCGGAGAAGGGGCUUCGCUGCCUCAAACUCAUCCUGCAGUACGGCGCUGACCCAAACCUCAGGUCUAGUGAGGGUCUGACUCCGUUACACAUUUCUGCAUCAUGGGGAUGUUAUCAGAACCUCAAAUUACUCCUGAAGAACGGUGGGAACCCCAGCCUGAAAGACCAGGAUGGAAACAAGCCUGCGGAUUUGGCGGAGCUGGAAGAGAACAGUAAAUGUGCGAGCAUACUGCAGGAGUACGAGUCUCAGGCACCGCAAGUGGAAUAUGAGGAUUUACCCAAAUUCCAGUACUCGAUCUACUCCAGCCACUCUAUGAGGGACAGCAGCAUCGGCCUAUUGUCCAUGCUGAGUGAUUUCGGAGACGAUCCGCUGAGCAGCACUCGGCAGUCAAGUCUUUUCAGGAUGUCUGGGGUAAAUGGGCAGCCCUAUCGGGUUAGAGGAGCUCAUGAAUCCUGGCUUUCUGAUGUUUCUGGACUUCAUCCACGUGAGAGUGGAGCGUUUGAUAGAACAGGAGACUGUGGAGAUGUUCCACCAAUUCUGUCCAGCACUCGUUUGUCUGUUAUAGACUUUAAGAGGAGUCCAGAGGGCGCGCCACUGUACAAAACCGAAGACUGCAGCCCAGAUUUAAAACGUUCAUUCCAGCUCCUUCAGCCAAGCCGAAAGAGCGUAUCCUUUAGGGACUCUAAUGAGUAUUUCCCAGCACCACGUUCUCCAUUCCAGAGUCCUGGGAAACAAAAUGAUGACUACAGUGAUAUGACGAUAGAUUUCUCCCAAUAUCCAGACUUCUUGGAUUCGGAACGUAUGGCCACCGUGUUGCAAAACCAAGGCAUUGAUGUGACCAGUCCAGACGAGGUGUUUGUGUUUUGCAGAGGUGGCAGCUUGCUGGAAGAUGAUUUUGACAAGACUGUAGUGGGACCAGGUUUACUGUUGGAACCUACUGCUGUUGCUGAUGAUUAUGAUGAAGAUGAUGGUGUGUUUGCUAACAAUGUUAAUGAGCUAGAAGGCGAAGCUCAUGGUCCUGUUUUUAGCAGCAGUGGAUCUAGUAAGUACAGCAGUUGUGAUAGUGACCCAUAUAAGAGUGCAAUUGAAGGUCAAUUGCAUUCUGAAGAUAAGUUCUCACCUUUGAAGAAAGAACUCAAUAGAAAUCCAGCUCCAACUGAAUUUAGUACCCAAUCCACUGGAUUGGCCAAAGGUUCUGACACAUCUGAGAGGGAAAACCUCAACUUGGUUGAAGAAAGAGGCACUAAACAAUCAAUGGAGGACAAGCAUCAAGGGCAUAACAGCAUCCUGGAGAUUAUAGACAGGCUUGGUGAAACCCCAAGCCCUUUUGUAACGGGCAGAACUCGCUCAAGACUCAGCCGCUGCUCACAGAAAUCAUUUAAUUUUUCUCCGUCUGUGCUUUGUACCUCUUCUCUUUUUGAGCAGACGUUGCCCACACCCAUCAGGAUGCGCCGCAACACGCCCAAAUCUCCAUAUGGUUCAGACGAAGCUCCAUCCAAACGUUCUUUUGAAGUAAACGAGUUAAGGGACAUUGAUAGCGGCAUGAGGAACCUUCUGGUUUCUUCAAGCCAAGGUUCAGUUGACCACCCCAGCCAAGCAGACACAUUAAUUGUCUCUGGAAGCAUGGCUGACACGCUUAUACUCCCUAGAGAUGACGACAGUGGCGUGAGGGACCUUCGGGGUGUGUCAAGUUCAGGUGAUCGGCCGAGUCAGGCAGACACGUUGAUCAUCUCUGGAAGUAUGGCCGACACCAUCAUAAUCCCUAGAGAUGUUGCUGAGGAAAGAUUAGAAGGAGCUGAUGGAAGGUUGGUGGAUAAUUUGGAAGGUUGUAGCAAAGGAACUUCUCUAGUGUUUGAAGAAGAAAAGGAAUUUUUACCUUCUGAUGCAUCCACAUCAACUGAAGGCACAGGAAGACCAAGAUAUGCUUUGAUGCAAAUGCAAACAUCUCACAGAAUAGACUCUCAAGAUGAACCUUCUCCAUCUUCUCCAUCUCAGACAAGCAUAGAGUCAGGUUCUAGCUCCAGUUUUGAUUGGCCCAAGCCUCAGAAGACUAGCAGUAAUUUGGUGGAAAGAUCUUGCAAGGGAGCUUCUCCACCAAUUGAGGAAUUUUUAACCUCAGAUCUGUCCACCUCAAGUGAAGGUACAGGAAGGUUAAAAGGUUCCACAAUGCAAGCGUCUAACAAGAGCUUAAGAGAAAACAAGGGUGAAAUAGACUCUCAAGAAGAGUUCUCUCCAUCUCAGACUACUUUAGAGUCAGGUUCUAGCUCCAGUUUGGAUUCCUCCAAGCCUCAGAGAAACAGAGGUGAAGGAUCUUCUUCUGGUUGCACGCCCAGAUACAGCAUGAGCCGACUCUACAGCCACUGCAAACCUCAAACACUGGCUAACCUUUCUUACACACCCGGCGGACGUCCGAUGAUCACCGACACGGACGAGCCCGUGGAGUAUCUCUAUACCGACACUGAAGAAGGCCAUGAACUGAUAGAAAUUCAUGUUCCUCCAACAACUAAUACCUCGCUGAGCUCCAGCAUCCUCACCUCCACCAGCGACGACACGGUGCUCUAUGACUGGCGCUCUCUUCAGAACACAGCUGGAAGUCCACAGAAGGGAAAAGAGAACCAGCGCCCCAGCGCAGAGGACGCUCCUGAAACCCAAAGGCUGACGGACCGCGAGCUCAGACGCAGGCUGGUGGAGCUCGGAGAACGUCCCGGGCCCAUUACUUCCCAAACUCGCCCAUUGUACGUCCAGAAAUUAAGAUCGCUUCAGAAUACAGCGGCCACCCAGCAGCCAGCUCAGGAUGGUUCCUCUGCAUUCACUGGUUACAGUGCAGAGCUGAAUAAAGUCCUCCAUACGUUCGAUCUGCCCGACUGCAAGGUGGACGAGUUUGCGCUGUGUGAGCAGUUUGACCAGCCGGAUCAGAAUAAGAGGUGGCGUGAGGGCAUCAUAAAGUCCAGCUUCAACUACCUGCUUCUGGAUCCCAGAGUGACGAAGAAUCUUCCGUACCGAAGUCAGUCCAUGACGCCUCAGGAGUGUUUCCAGACUUUCAUCGGUGCGAUCUUUUACGUUGGAAAAGGAAAGCGCUCCAGGCCGUACAGCCACCUUUACGAAGCCCUGGAAUAUUUCAGAGGAGACAAAACCUCCAAGAAACUCUGCUCGAAGGUGCAGCACAUCCUGCAGGUGUGGAAUUGUGGUCAAGGUGUCAUUUCCCUCCACUGCUUCCAGAAUGUCAUCCCAGUGGAGGCCUACACACGCGAGGCCUGCAUGGUGGAUGCGAUCGGCCUGAAGAUGCUGACCAAUCAGAAGCGAGGUGACUAUUAUGGCGUGGUGUCCACCUGGACUGCGAAGAGGAAGAGGGAGCUGGGGGUCCACCUGCUGUACCGAGCCAUGCAGAUAUUCCUGGCCGAGGGGGAGAGACAACUGAGACCAGCCGACAUCAGACUGGGCCAGUAACCUUCGGCCCAGUCUAGUGGUGAUGGACUGAGGUGCCAGUUUAUUGGAGACACUCUCAUUGGCCAUUUUACCGGAAACACCAGCAAUACAGGUGCUUUCUGUGUGCUUACAGUUACAGACUGUAGUCCAGGACCCUCAUGGACCCUCACAGAGCAGGUACUAUUUGG